GCCUUUUGUCCCGGCCGAGCUCUGCUCUGCCCCGCCCCUCCCCGCCUAUCUGCGAGGGAGGAGACUCCGGGUCAGUGACUUCAUUGAGUAGGUUCUUGGGGAUUGGGGUCGGAUCCUCCCCGGAGAGAGAGGCGAGAGGAACUCACUGCCUCUCAGCCCCUCACAACCACACCUGGCACAGGUACACACGCUGCCACUCACAAGAGCACGCUUCCACUGCCAGCCUUACCGUCACACUGCCGUACAGCCAUUCAGACAUUGCUGCACCUGAGAGCAGGUGGCCGCCGGACCCUAUUCCUUCAUUCUCCACACCUGGGGAUCAGGUCUAGCUCCUGCUGCACCGGACAGGCCUUGCUGGGCUAGUGCCUCUGAGAACCCGAGGAGGUGUCUUCCAGAGCUGCAGCUUUCCAAGCAGGCUCCGGUGGAGCGAUCAGAGAAACAAGGAGACAAGUGCCGGUCCAGUGGCUGUGAUGGGAAAGGAUUAUUACAAGAUUCUUGGGAUCCCAUCGGGAGCCAACGAGGAUGAGAUCAAGAAAGCCUACCGGAAGAUGGCCUUGAAGUACCACCCAGACAAGAACAAAGAACCCAAUGCUGAGGAGAAGUUUAAGGAGAUUGCAGAGGCCUACGACGUGCUGAGUGACCCUAAGAAACGAGGCCUGUAUGACCAGUAUGGGGAGGAAGGCCUGAAGACCGGCGGUGGUUCAUCAGGUGGCUCCAGUGGCUCCUUUCACUACACCUUUCACGGGGACCCUCAUGCCACCUUUGCCUCCUUCUUUGGUGGCUCCAACCCCUUCGAUAUCUUCUUUGCCAGCAGCCGUUCCACUAGACCCUUCAGUGGCUUUGACCCAGAUGACAUGGAUGUGGAUGAAGAUGAGGAUCCAUUUGGCGCCUUUGGCCGCUUUGGCUUCAAUGGGCUGAGUAGGGGCCCAAGGCGGGCCCCCGAACCACUAUACCCUCGGCGCAAGGUGCAGGACCCACCUGUGGUACAUGAGCUGCGGGUGUCCCUGGAGGAGAUCUACCACGGCUCCACCAAGCGCAUGAAGAUCACAAGGCGGCGCCUCAACCCUGAUGGGCGAACUGUGCGUACCGAGGACAAGAUCCUGCACAUUGUCAUCAAGCGUGGCUGGAAGGAAGGCACCAAGAUCACCUUCCCCAAAGAAGGUGAUGCCACACCUGACAACAUCCCUGCUGACAUCGUCUUUGUGCUCAAAGACAAGCCCCACGCACACUUCCGUCGAGAUGGCACCAAUGUGCUCUACAGUGCCCUGAUCAGCCUCAAGGAGGCGCUGUGUGGCUGCACUGUGAACAUUCCCACUAUUGAUGGCCGGGUGAUCCCAUUACCCUGCAAUGACGUCAUCAAGCCAGGCACCGUGAAGAGACUCCGUGGGGAGGGCCUUCCUUUCCCCAAGGUGCCCACCCAGCGAGGAGACCUCAUUGUCGAGUUCAAAGUUCGCUUCCCGGACAGAUUAACACCACAGACACGACAGAUCCUUAAGCAGCACCUACCCUGUUCCUAGGCUCUGCCCCAGCCAGCCCAGAGUCUACCACAGCAAUACCCCCUACACUCACCCACCCAAUGUGCACCCAGCUUGAUGUCCACUGGACACUGGCAACUUUUUCUAAAAUGCAAAAAAAAAAAAAAAAAAAAAAAGCCACUGGAUUUCAGGAAAAUGUUCCUGUCCCUGACCCCUUUCAGAGCUGGGCUGCCUUGGGGAAGUGGGUGGGAGGUGGGGAGAGCUAGCCCAGGCCAGGGGUCAAUUUUCAUGUCACUAGUUUCGAAUCCAGUUCCCACUCCAGUGGCUGGAGAGUGACCUGAGUGCUACUUGAAGAUACAGAGAUUCCUUGUCCAUGCCUGUAAAUAGCAUGUCCUCUUACCCCUCUCAGCUUUGCUAAUACCUCUCCUCUCCCUUCUCUCCAGCUUCCUCCCAGUGGCAGAGGAAGAAGAUAGAAAGGACACUGCUUUCCCACCCCAGCCCCACCCCUAGGUCCACAGUGUCUAAGGUUAAUGCACACACAUUCACACACACGAAGCACUCACCUAGAGCUAUCUGUGCCUCUACAGAGUUAAGAAGGGAAGGUCUGUAACCCAUGAACCGGGCCACUGAGCACGAGACACUUUUCAUUAGGGCCAGGAAGGUGAAUGGGGGCUUGGCAGCCUCCCUGAGAGCCCCCCACACUACCCAGAUCUCCCUGCUGCUCUCAGGAGUGUGCAGGGGUGGAGGGAGGGGAAGAGGGCCUGCUGUAUUAAGGCUAAGAGGUAGGGGGCAGGGUCCAUCCCCCAGCCUUCAUCAGGAAGGGAAAGGGCUUUGGGGUCAGAUGACAGCUAUUCCCCACCAAGAGAUUCAGGGUCACAGGUUUCUCCCCACACCUCUGAACUCAGGGCCUAGCCACCCUCAAACUUCCAAAUCCCAUUUUUGUGAUACGUGAAGCUACUUAUUUCUUACCCUUCAUGGAGGCUGUGUGGGGAAUUUCUAGCCCUUUAAUGCCUGUGUGACCCCACCCCACUCCCACAAUUGUAUAAAGGUCAAGUAGUGAAGGAGCUAGGGGAAGACUGCUUCAGCCAGGUCCUGGGGUGGGGUCUUUAGGUUUUCUCACUUUGACAAGCCCCUGAAUGUUUUUAUAGUAGUUUUUUUGUAUUUUUUUGUAAUGACAGUAUUAUGGAAAAAAAAAUAAAGUAUUUUAAAAAUAA